AUGGACUGUACCACACCACGAAUCUCCCCCCGCCCCUCACUCUUGCAGUGGGCCGCUCCCCCUUCUUCACCGCCCGCUUUGGUGAAGCCAAAACAGAACAUCAUGGCGAUUGAUGGUGGCGAGCGUAACUGUGGAGUACAUGAGCUGAUCUGCGUCAGAAAAGUCUCUCCAGAGGUGCUGGGGUUUCUGACAGCCAUCGCACUCUUCAUCAUCCUCAUGACCCUCCUGUUCUGGUACCUCAACAACAAGUUGGCACUAGAGAACCCAGGGAGCCUUCAGUGCCUUGAUGACUUCAGGAAAAAAACAGAGCUGCAAGACAAGGCCUACUCUGACGCCGACCUGCAGGGCUCAUCAUCGGACAGCGAGGAUGAACUGAUGGGUCAGUAUCAGGAAGCGGUCAGCCGCUCCCAAGGCCUCCGGGGAGGAGCCAAGGCAGCCGCUAAUACCAAACACGCAGGAGGCUUCAGCUGGGAGAGCCGGCAGAAGUACAGCCCCCUGACUGCUGAUUAUGACGGCUACAGCAGUGAAGCCUCGGCUGACGACGCCAACUGCAUCCAGAGGAUGAGACGAACACCGCCACUGGAUGAGCUUCAGCCACCUCCUUACCAGGAUGAGAAUGGCUCUCCGAGGAUGUCCUGUACACUGUCGGACCUGGGAGAUGCCAAGUGUGAUCUAUCCCAUAGCAGUGGCAGUCCCCACCUGUCCUUUGGCAAAUGCCACAGUGAGGGCAGUGACGACCACGAGACUGAGAGUUACCUCAACAAGGGCUACGAGGAAGAUGUACCCAGUGACAGUACAGCUGUCCUCAGCCCAGAGGACAUGUCAGCCCGUGGAUCAGCAGCUCAGCUCCCUAAAGGUUAUGAACCGGAUCCAAUUGCAAAAUACGGAACUCUGGACGUGGUGUUUGACUUUGACUCAGACGAACAGCAGCUGGCGGUCACCAUCAUGGCAGUAACGGACCUCCCUGCUGUAAAACGCACCGGCAACAUCUCCUGGCAGGUCCACCUGGUGCUGCUGCCCACCAAGAAGCAGAGGGCGAAGACAGGAAUCCAGAGAGGCCCGUGCCCAAUCUUCACAGAGACAUUCCGCUUCAGCCAUGUGGAGUCAGAGAUGAUCAGCAAUUAUGCCAUCCGAUUCCGCCUUUAUAGUAUGCGGCGGAUGAAGAAGGAGAAGGUGCUUGGCGAGAAGGUGUUCUACCUCACCAAGCUCAACCUUCAGGGCAAAAUGUCUGUGCCAGUCAUAUUAGACCCAUGCUGUGCUCUCCCGGGUGGUGAAUCCCAGGUCAGCCUCUCAGAUAUGACAUGCAGUGAAAGCGCCUCAUCAUUCCAGUCAGUCAGUCAGGCUUCCACACCAGAGAUCCUCGUGGGCUUGGUGUACAACGCCACUACAGGACGUCUCUCUGUGGAGAUCAUCAAAGGCAUCCAUUUCAAAAACCUGGCUGCCAACAAGCCACCCAAUGGACUGUUCUGUUGUCUAAAACACUUGAUAGGUGGACAGGUUUAUAUAAUCAGAGAUACGUACGUUAAGCUGACCUUACUGAACUCCAUGGGCCACGAGAUGUCCAAGUGUAAGACAUCCAUCUGUCGAGGUCAGCCCAACCCCACCUACAAAGAGACGUUUGUCUUCCAGGUAGCUCUUUUCCAGUUGUCGGACGUCACGCUCAUCCUCUCCGUCUACAACAAGCGCAGCAUGAAGCGCAAAGAGAUGAUUGGCUGGAUUUCACUCGGCCUCAACAGCUCUGGAGAGGAGGAGCUCACCCACUGGACUCAGAUGAAAGAGUCUAAAGGACAGCAGGUUUGCCACUGGCACAGUUUGCUGGAAUCCUAACAGCAAGAGAGCAGUAAGUAAAGAAAGUGCGUGAGGAUGACUGGGCAGAGCAGUUGUCCUCCCAGACGGGCGAGAAAUGGAUAAAUUCAGCUGGGAUAGAGGAAUGUGACAGACGUUCAGGGACCAGGGUCAGUGGUGAUGACGAAAAAAAGGAACAGAAUGUGUUUCUGCACUCAGAGUUCAACUGGACAUAGCAUAAGCAUUUUCAUGGCACUGUAAAAUCACCCACAGCCACUGAUUAGACACAGAUGGCUAGUAUUGUGAUGUCAUUUAUUUCAUGGAUUGCCUUGUAAUGUUAACCUUUAAGUUUCUGUAGAUGGCGCUCACUGUUUUUGUUAAACUGGUUGAGCUGGGACCAGUUCCAAGAAGCAGGUUCUGGAUAACAUUAAGUAAUUUCUUGUCUGAUAACUUUGUGUACCCACACCUCCAGCUCAAACAACUGACAUCUUAUCAAUCUUAUCAGACAGAUUUACAACGCUUGUGCAAGGCCCCCAGAAACACGACCCCUCCUCUUUUGUGUAUAAGAAGCGUAUGUCAACCAAGAAAUAGUAUUUUAUUUUGGAGCCAGGACAGGACAUGCAUGGCCACUUCACAUCAGUAGAAGUUACUUAUUUUUUUACUUUGUAAUGGACAUUGAAAUCACAUUUUCCGUGGGUCGGUCUCUCACUAGGAGCAGUUGGUCCCUCGUGAACCCAAACCUAAAGUUAGAACAGUUUCAGUUGUCACAUGAGGGAUUUCUGUUUGUGUUCUUGCUCUUUGUUUUCCUCACAGGUUUGAAGUGGGCGGGGCUCAGUUGGAAAAGGUGAUGUCAUGUAUCACUGUGACCCAGUCAGAGUUCAGCAACAUUUGAAUCAAAAUCUGGUGACAGUUGUGGGCUUGUUUGCUUAUGUUACCUCAAACAAACCACACCCACACAGUCCUGUUGAAGCCCAGCCAUCAAGAAGAGCAGCAGACUUUGAAGCCAAGUUGACAUAAUGGCCAUACCGUGUAAUUACAGCAAUGGCAUCCGUCAUGUGAAAUUUCUAGAUCCCUAUUCAAGUUAACAGAGGGCUAAACCGGGAGUCAAUCAGCUCAGCCGGCGGAAGUCUCUGGUACACUUGCUUUAUAGGGUUAGGGUUAGCGCCGUCAUUAAGAAAAUUGUACACUUCUUAGGACAGCUUGACUUCAAAUGCAUGCCUGCUGUAGGGAGAUGUCCCCUCAAUAAUGCCGACUUGCUCUGGUGUUUCCCCGGAUUUGUGUGUACAUUCAUCCGGGUAAUUCUUCUACAUAACAGGAAGUGGCUUUUUUGGCUUUAUGUGCCACUGUGCAGUUUUCAUAGGAAAGAACAGAGUGCCACCCCCAACACUGUAUCCAGUUCUCAUUAUACAUCCAUGGUUGAAGCAGAUUAACAGUGUUUUUGAGUAACUUUAACUGUUGCUUUGUCAUUUAUCAAUGGAUAUUUAAUAUUAUAAAGAAAUACUGAAAGUUUGUUUUCAAGGCCUUUAAGCAAUUUCCAUAGUCAGAGAAACCGUGUUUUGCCAUCUUGUCCCUGGCUAGCUAGCUGUUACAGCAGUAAACAGUGCCAUGCUCUGAAAACAAUAACCCCAAUCAGUGUACUUUUCUACUUAGCUCUUGAGUUUGAAUUUCUCCAUAUGUCAGUUGUUUAAGCCAGAGGUAUGGCUACAUGAAGCUAUCAUGCUACCUAAAUUGUUGUUUUUGGAAUAGAAACAUAAAAUGCACCAUUUCUUUCAUCUGGGACAUUAUUGAAAUAAGUUUUAUAAAUAGAAUAAGGGUACAAUUUAGGUUAACUCACCAUGUUGUAAAUGUUGCUUCUGCCUAAGCUACUGCAAAUUAAUUUGCAAUUAUCGUUACAGUCCAACAUGUGCAGGACUCUCUGGGGAUGGAAGCAUGUUGAAAGAUAUGUUGGAAGAACAGGAAGCAGUUUCCAGAGAACUUAUUGGGGAAUUACUUUGGAGACUUGAGCUGAAUUACUACACUUUAAUUAAUCUUUCUCAGUCGACACUGCCGAGGCAAAACCAUUGUGUGAACCUCAACAUAGUUCAACAAAACAGCCACUAAAUCAUUUCAGACCUUUUUGUCAGGCAAAUAAGAUUUAUGACAUCACCGACAGUGGAAGUGCAAACUGAGAUAUGUUAUAUAUAGAAAGGUGUAGUUGUGACCGUGGUGGUUGUGUAGUAAAAGUUUCCAUCAACAAAAGUCACACAGAAUAUCAAAGGCAUAUUCAAAGAAAUUCAAGGCUUUCAACUUUUUUAUAGGCAUCUCUUGAAUAAUAUUAUCUUGGUAACACAUCACAGCAGUAAAGCUAACAGGUGAGAAGACUAUGUACCUGUUACUCUCUUUUACCUGCUCUGGUGCUAAUAAGUGCUGUGGCUGCACACAGAAUCCCUUGCCUUAUGGUUAAGUCAGUUCAUACACUUUUUUAAAGUGGACCCAGUACAAAACCUGACACAAACACGCCCUCAGAGCACACAGACCUGCAUCCAUAAAUACAGAAAGCACACACAGUACUGCUCAGCCUCACUGAAGGGAAUUCAAACUGUUUUCAUAGGAGCCAGUGUGCAUUGACAAAGUGUCUACAGGCGAAUGGGUUGUAUUUUUAGCCAUGGCCACUUUCUCACUUCAUUUCAUUUACAGACAACAGAAAAUACAUAUACUCUUUACUGUGCCUGUGGUUGUGGUGAAAGCUAGCUUUGUGCACUGUUUACCAAGUGGAUGUGUGUGUGUUGACUGGAAAGGUAC